CUCCAUUUCUUGACUUCAUUCCUCUUAGUGGGUAGUGUGGUACACACGGCCUCCUUUGGUUUUUUGGCCCACAGAUUUAUCUCUUUUUUCAAGCUAUUAAUCAAAUACCACCAACCUGCUUUUGACACUUGAAGCUGAGCCCCCUGAGCCUGUAUCUUUGCCAGUCCCUUCAACUUUGUGGUUCCAUCGAGAAAGUUGAGAAAAAGGAGAUGGGUGGCGAUGGCAAAGUUUUCACUUUUGAAGAAGUGACUGUGCACAACAAUCAUAAAGACUGUUGGCUUAUUAUCAAUGGCAAGGUUUAUGAUGUGACAAAGUUCAUGGAAGACCACCCUGGUGGAGAUGAGGUUUUGUUGUCUUCUACAGGGCAGGAUGCAACUGAUGAUUUUGAAGAUGUGGGUCAUAGUGAUAGUGCCAGAGAAAUGAUGGGCGAAUACUGCAUUGGAGAUAUCGAUGCUUCGACUGUCCCUCAGAAAACAAAGUACAGGACUCCAAAGCAGCCUCACUACAAUCAAGAUAAGACCUCCGAGUUCAUUAUCAAGCUCCUCCAGUUCCUAGUUCCUCUUGCCAUAUUGGGUUUGGCCUUUGGACUCCGCCUUUACACCAAAUCAACCUAAGAUUCUUGGAUCAUGUUCCAAUCACGAACAACUAGUAUUUUAUUUAAGCUAUUAUAUUCCAUGUUCAGAAACGUAGUGUAGUCCCAUUGUGGUGCUUGAGUUUGUUCUGGUCCUGUGCUAUGCCAUACUACAACUCUCAGUUGCAACUCUGUUAUUGAAACAUGAAAAAUAAAGUAAUUGGCAAUUUCCAGGCA